GAUGCACAAAGCAUAAGCAGCCUCUGAACUAGGCGGGGGGUUGGGGUGGGGGGUGAAAGCGAAAGUAGGAAGCGACCCGAAAAGCCCCACAGAAGCCACGACAGACGCCUCUGCUCUGACUUUGCUUUUUAAAUCUGAUCCACCCAUCGAGACCCCCGCAUCUCAAUUGGCCUUCCUGCCCGGAGAUGCUGAAGCAGGCAGUGGAACACAGAGGAGGCUUCUCUUUCGAGAACUGCCAGAGGAAUGCGUCCUUGGAACACGUCCUUCCGGGACUUCGGGUCCCUCUUGCACGCAAGACCGGGACUACCAUCGCCGGACUUGUGUUCCGUGAUGGAGUCAUCCUGGGUGCGGACACGCGGGCUACUAACGAUUCGGUUGUGGCGGAUAAAAGCUGCGAGAAGAUCCACUUCAUCGCCCCCAAAAUCUACUGCUGUGGGGCUGGAGUAGCUGCGGACACUGAGAUGACCACGCGGAUGGCAGCUUCCAAAAUGGAACUACAUGCUCUGUCCACCGGCCGUGAACCUCGGGUGGCCACGGUCACCCGUAUCUUGCGUCAGACGCUCUUCCGGUACCAAGGCCACGUGGGAGCAUCUUUGAUCGUGGGCGGGGUUGAUUUGAACGGACCGCAGCUCUACAGCGUGCACCCACACGGUUCCUACAGCCGUCUGCCUUUUACUGCCCUUGGCUCUGGUCAAGAUGCAGCCGUGGCACUGUUGGAGGACCGGUUCCAGCCAAACAUGACGCUGGAGGCUGCGCAAGAGCUGUUGGUGGAAGCCAUCACAGCAGGGAUCCUGGGUGACCUAGGCUCUGGAGGCAGUGUGGAUGCCUGUGUGAUCACUGCAGGAGGCGCCAAACUGCAGAGAGCUUUGAGCUCACCCAUAAAGCCUGUGCAGAGAGCUGGCCAGUACCGCUUUGCUCCUGGAACCACACCUGUCCAGACCCAGGAAGUGAGAGCCCUGACCCUGGAACUUCUGGAGGAAACUGUGCAGGCCAUGGAGGUGGAGUAAAGUGGCCUAAGAUGUAGAGUUUGGAACAAGGGUGAAUAAAUCCAGGAGAUACAAACACUUAAA